CUCUAUCUUCACUCUAAAUCGGUGCCCAACUCACCCUACGAGGGAUAAACACACACACAUGGCGCUCUUCCACGACUGCUGGACGAGCCGGGGUGCCGCACUUGUACGUCUACAGCAGCUUCUCGAUGACGCCGAGGCCCAAGCCGAGACCGAACGCAAGGCCGCGACACACAUCCAGCGGCUUUUUCGAGGACAACGUGUCCGUGCUGCUGUCACAGCUCAGACAGAUGCUGAACUCCUGAUCUCUCGUGUGUUCCGAGGACACCUCGCACGACGACGCUGUAAUCAACUACGCACUGACUUGGAGCGAGCGCAUCGCCGCUCAGUAUUGGAUUACUACGCUGUAGUCAUCCAGAAACUUGCACGCGGGGUUCAAAGUCGGACACUUCGGCUCGACUUCCGUAAACGGAAAGCUUAUGUUUUGGAACUUGCAGCCAAAGGAGACCUCAUGCGUCAAAUGCUGGAAGAAAACCUACUUAAGCAACAAGAACAGGAGAAGCUAGACACUAAGAAAGCCGCAAGAGCGGAGCUGGUCAAAGUCACUCAAGAUCUCCAUCACUUGGUCAGCACGCGUGCUGUGGCUGGCAUCUUCAACUCGCCCAUGCAGGCAGCAAGCGUCACGAGUUUCGGUGUCUCUGUAGAGAGCCACAUUCGAGAAAACGCCCGUCGUGUGGUGACUUCGCGACUAGCUAAAGCUCGUCCACCCUCGAGGUUAACACCAUAUCCUCCUUCAGAUAAAACUACUCUACAAAGCUCGGGUCCCUACGACGCCGUGCAGCAGGAGAAACGCAAGCAAACGAAGUACCACAAGCUUCGCCGUAUUGGCAGCUCCGACUUUGCAGCAGUCUACAACCCAGAACAAGACGUCGCUCGGAAGCGAAAUGCUCCAAGUAUAAACUCCGGUACGGACUACGUAGACGAGUGGCGGAAUCCCUACAAGAAACGAGGGGUGCCUCGUAACAAGCGCGACCUACUGCCUCAGUUGUCUACGCUAGGACGGUACCCAGAGACUCCAUUCUACUUGACGUAUGGCGGCAACAAGAGCAAAGUGCUAGCGAACGACCGCUUCGACGUGUAA